AUGUGUGAAGUUAUAUCAAGCUGUGGACCAGUAACGCCUGUGAGACAUGAUUAUGAUAACAAGCUGCACGGUGUUUCACAGCCAGCACCACUGCGGUGUCACAACCAGCUCCACGGCGGUGUCACAACCAGCUCCACGGUGGUGUUACAACUAGCUCCACGGCGGUGUUUCACAACCAGCUCCACUGCGGUGUCACAACCAGCUCCACCGCGGUGUCACAACCAGCUCCACCGCGGUGUCACAACCAGCUCCACUGCGAUGUCACAACUAUCUUCACCACGGUGUUUCACAACCAGCUCCACUGCGGUGUCUCAACCAGCUCCACCGCGGUGUCACAAACAGCUUCGCGGCGGUGUCACAACUAGCUCCACGGCGGUGUUGCACAACCAACUCCACUGCGAUGUCACAACAAGCUCCACCGCGGUGUCACAACUAGCUCCACGGUGCUCCACUGCGAUGUCACAACUAUCUUCACCAUGGUGUUUCACAACCACCUCCACUGCGGUGUCUCAACCAGCUCCAUCGCGGAGUCACAAACAGCUUCGCGGUGGUGUCACAACUAGCUCCACGGGGGUGUUGCACAACCAGCUCCACUGUGGUGUCACAACAAGCUCCACCGCGGUGUCACAACCAGCUCCACGGCGGUGUCACAACGAGCUCCACGGCGGUGUUUCACAACCAGCUCCACGGCGGUGUCACAACUAG